AUGGGUGGAAAUCCUGAAGUAGAUCUUGCAGUAGCUGAAAUUAAAGCCUCUGGAGAUAUUCAUGAAUUAAUUGGCAACUUGGAUUUUCAAAUUUCAAGUUAUCUUGAAGACAAUAAAAAGAUUAAAAGAAUGCACAAAGAUAUUGUUGUGUGGAACAAAGUUCCAGAUUUAGAUGUAUUGAAAGACAGAACACCAAAAUUAAAAUUCAUUAAUAUUGAUCAAGCAUUAAAAGGUUUAAAAGAUAUUGUACAAUUACAGACAGAUAAAAUUGAAGACUCUGGUGAUAAGCAUGAUGAUGUUACAUACGAAAGGUUUGCCUAUGGUAAAAUUGGAAAUAGAUAUCUGACAAUUAUAAUGAGCAUCGAAUUUGCAGAAAAGCCAAAAGGCAUUAUGUCAUUUUUCUCAAAAUUAAUUGCUACUGGCAUUAAUGUUGCCCAAAGUUUCAGUGAAAAGUUAAGAGUCAAGUUCUAUGAAUGGCAUUGGGAUGGACCUGAUGAACUUUAA